CCGCUCUGGAGUGGGCAGCGUCACCGGGGAUGGCAGAGAUCAACUAAUAAAUGUGCAGCUGGAGGAAUCCGGAGGAGGCACCACGCGAAGCCCCGCGCGGAUCUGCAGAGCUGCUCCCAGAGCUGCUGGGGUUCCUGGCGUAAAAGAGAGAUAAUAUGUCUUACAGCGUGACUCUCAACGGACCCGGACCAUGGGGGUUCCGACUGCAAGGGGGCAAGGACUUCAAUAUGCCUCUGACCAUCUCCAGAAUUACGCCAGGCAGCAAGGCAGCACAGUCCCAGAUGAACCAGGGGGACUUGGUGGUAGCAAUUGAUGGAGUCAACACAGAUGGCAUGACCCACCUAGAGGCCCAGAACAAGAUAAAAUCAGCCAGCUACAACCUGUCUCUUACUCUUCAAAAAUCAAAACGUCCUGCUCCAGUUCCUACAGCCACCCCAAGAAUUGACUCUCCAAUGCCUGUGAUCCCUCAUCAAAAGGAUACUGUUCUGGAAGUCAAUGGCAACCGAGCAAGCAUCAAUCCUCUAAGUAACACAUCGGCUGGGUCCAUGAGUAGCAUUUUAGCAAGCAAUGGAGCAUAUUCAGGCUACCUCAGCAAACAAGAGAUGAGCCUGUCACAUAGUUCCUCCUUCUUAAAGACUGUCAACAUUAGAUCUUCAGUGUCCUCUCAGUCUGUGGCAUCUGACCUUUCACCAGCAAAAAGUGACCUAGGUUCCAAAACAAGCUCAGCGAUCACAGAUGGCAAUAGCCCUAAACACCAGCUAAGCCCGGCAAGGCAAUAUAACAACCCCAUUGGCCUUUACUCAGCAGAAACUCUAAGGGAAAUGGCUGAGAUGCAUAAGUUAAGUCUCACACGAAGGGCUUCAGAAGGUGGACUUCUUAGAUGUAGCCUCCCUGUUAAAGAUCCUCAUGUAGACAGUGCCUCUCCAGUGUAUCAGGCUGUGCUUAAAACUCAGAACAAGCCUGAAGAUGAGCUUGAUGAUUGGAGUCGCCGUUCUUCCCACUUGCAGUCCAGGUCCUUCCGUAUCCUGGCUCAGAUGACAGGAACUGAGUACAUGCAAGAUCCAGAUGAAGAUGCCCUGAGGAGAUCAAGUGGCAAGAAAAAUGUUGCUGGCUCUCCCGAAAACAGCGCUGCAGGUACUGCUCACGAGGCACAGUAUGCGACGUCAAGUGUUUGGCAUUGCCCUAAGUCUUGCAGCACAGAUGCCAACACUGACAGAGCUAGAGCAAUGGCCUCCAAAGGGUCCGUGAGAUUUGGGACUGGUACAAGUCAGAGGGAAGCCAGCUGCCACAGUGCUGGCCAGACAGUCCCUCCUGCCUUCUCCAGUAACCAAAGUACCCCUGUUGAGCAUGCGCCAGUGUCUACCAGCUGCGCCCCUUCUGCUGUGCCGCCUGCUUCAGCCAAUCAGCCCUCUGCUGCCGCUCACAGUGCCGCUCAUCAGAUGACCCUGCCGUCAGCCGCGGCCACUUCCAUGGUGCACGACUCCAUCUCGUCUUCUUGCCAAAGCGUCAGUCACCAGUCUUCUACUUCCAUCACCUGCCAGUCCAAAAAGAGAGGCCCAGGCCAAUCUUACACAUCAGCUCCAGCUUCCCACAGCCCUGCUCCUUACCCAGGCUACAGCGAAGCCCCGGCUCCUGCCUCAAAGCCCAGAGUUGUCACCACUGCCAGCAUCAGGCCUUCAGUCUAUCAGCCAGCAGCUCCGGCGCCAGCCCCAGUGCCUGUACACACCCAAGCUCCAAGCCAAGCGGAGCCUUCAAGCCGUCCUCCCUGGAUCACGGACGACUCCUUCUCCCAGAAGUUUGCUCCGGGGAAAAGCACCACCACUGUCACCAAGCAUAUCCUGCCACGGGGGGCUCCGGUGCCAACCCCGCCAGCCUCGGCCCCCACGUACCCGCCUCCUUCCAUCCCGGCCUCUUCCCAGGCUCCGGCAGUUGCCCGGGGAACGAUUCAAAGGGCUGAGCGCUUCCCAGCCAGCAGCCGGACUCCGCUGUGCGGACACUGUAAUAGCAUCAUCAGGGGUCCUUUCCUGGUAGCCAUGGGUCGUUCUUGGCAUCCUGAGGAAUUUUACUGCGCAUACUGCAAGGCAUCCCUGGCUGACGUCGGCUUUGUUGAGGAGCAGAACAGUGUGUACUGUGAGCGUUGCUAUGAGCAAUUCUUUGCCCCUACCUGUGCCAGAUGCCACACCAAGAUCAUGGGGGAAGUGAUGCAUGCCCUUCGGCAGACUUGGCACACAACUUGCUUUGUCUGUGCUGCCUGCAGGAAGCCAUUUGGGAAUAGCCUCUUCCAUAUGGAGGAUGGAGAGCCCUACUGUGAGAAAGACUAUGUGGCCUUGUUCAGCACCAAAUGCCAUGGGUGCGACUUCCCUGUCGAAGCAGGAGACAAGUUCAUCGAAGCCCUUGGACACACUUGGCAUGACACCUGCUUCAUUUGUGCUGUGUGCCAUGUGAAUUUGGAAGGCCAGCCAUUUUAUUCAAAGAAGGAUAAGCCGCUAUGCAAGAAGCAUGCACACGCCAUCAAUGUCUAAAGGAAGAACUAGAAGCUAAAGGCAAAGUGAAAAGUUUAGGCGUUGGCUCAACAAACGAAAUAUAGAUAGUUAUGGAUUUCUCAUGACCGGGACGGGAGGGGUCAGGGGAGGUAAUGAAUUUUGAACCUUCUGACAUUGAAUUCAGCUGCUUUUUCUAUGUGCAGAUCUUUCUCCUACAUACUUAAAAAAGGAAAUGAAUAUUCAAAACUUGACAGUGAAACAUUGCUGCAAAGGUUUGAGCAAAAUGAAUGGGUGGGGGGGGAAUCAUUUAUAAAACGGUUGCAUAAAAUUACAAAUACUGAAUAUCUUCGUGUGUGUGUGUGUUCAGCACCGUACACUUAAAGCUUAUACUACACAACAGUGCUUUAAAAAAACCACCAUUAUUAGUAUUACUUUACAACUCAAAGUGUCAAAAUAGUAGGCGUAGCAUAACUUUUAUAGUCGAUAGUGAUAGGCCAACUGAGUGUUCCUCACAAAACAAACACAGUUUAGACUCUAGAAUGACUUUUAUGAACCUCAUAGCCUUAACUAAACACACCCCAUUGGUUAACGUAAUCAAGGCUUGCAAUCAGAACACAGAAAAGGGCAUGUCCACACUUCAUCACACGGAUGUGGAACUGUCUUCCUUGUAGUAUGUACAGUUCCACAUCACCCUGGUAACUGAAUAUGGAGGAAUCCUGGAAGGCGGGACCAAUGAUGUGGUCCUUUCCCUGCAUGAGCAUUGUGCUCCCUCCCAGCUGGUGAAUACUUGAAUAGAAAUAAGCCACAUCCUGGGUUCCCAUGCAUCUCAUUGCAUUGUUGGAGCAACACAAGACCACCUUGGGGCAGCAGCUUCCUUGCUGCCAUGACUGUGAAUUGGCCCUGAUAUUAGUUGGGAUAGAGUGUGGAGUAAGCUCAGGCCUAUUUUGCCCAUACCUGAAUUUGCAUGGUAGCCAUUUCAGUGUGAUGCUAUGGCCAUGACACAUGCGUGUCUAUACCGCAACCACAUCUACAGGGCUCAUUGCGUGAGUCUUCCCACCAGAAAGGAGAGUGGCAUUUGGGUAGCGGUCGUGCAAGGGAGGGAGGGAAAACCACGCAGUCAGCUUUGCCCAAGUUGUUACGGUGUUCACAUGCAUGAAGCAAUCCUGUGGGAUAGAGCUACAGAGAAGCUGUCACCACAAGGCUCUGGAUAUGUAUGAAGGGAAUUGUCUAUUGGGGUGGUUGGUAGGAAGAGCGAGCAAGCGAGUGGGGAGGAAAUAAGCUGCUUGACUAUAAUUCCCGUUGAGAAGAGGAGAAGCAACAGAGAGCAUAUAGCAUUAAAGAGUUUUAGCUGAUUACCUCAUUCAGAGCAUCACAAGGGAACCAGUUUUCCCCAGUCUGCUGCUACAUAAGGAAAGAGGAAAGCCUGGAGAGGAUCGGCUCUGUAUUUCUCUGUGUAGCUGAGAAACAUUUCCUCUUGCUUGUCCUCUCAUCUUAUGGGUGCAGGGAAAAUAGAUAGUGUAAUCUCAGCUCCCAAAAGGACAAUGGAGUCCAGAGCAGCCAGAGGCAAUUCAAACCCUUGUUUCUGCUAAAACUGAUACCGUUCACAGGGCAGCCCUGAAUGACCUGCAUGCUCAGUUCUAACUGUGAUUAGAUUCUUAGAUAACGUCACCUCUGGUGUGAUUGUGUUUGCUGCUGCAAGAAAACGAAGCUUUUGGAAAUUAGAGUAGUAUUAGUGUAACGCCUUUUGAACAAAUCAUGCACAAUAUCUGAACAAGUAUACUUAUUGUAGCUUUUGUAUUAUUGAGACUGGCAGCAUGUAUUUAUUCCGUCUGUAGGUUUGGAUAUUUAAGCAGUUAGUAUCAAGCAUCUGUCUACUAAGAGGAGCAUUCUAAUCUGUGAUCUAGGCAUGGAAGGAGUAUGUCAGUGUUAGUAACAUCUGAGUGCGCAAAAUGGUCAUAAUCUGAAGCCAUUUACUUUGAAAUCAUCCCAGUGUUAUACCCUCCAGUAAAUAGCUUUGGAAUUGAAGGUUAUAGUAACACAUACUUAGCAUUCAUGAAAAGGGAAAAGAACCAUCUGAUUUUAAGGAUGUUGACUAUUGGACUAUUGAGUAUUUAAAUAGCACCCCCUUUUAAGUAGUGUUUUAUUAUUUACUAGAUGUCAAAAAAUUGGGGGGGCCUGCUUUAUCUUGCUCUCAAACACUAUGCCUUUUUAAAAUAAAUAAGUUAUGGAAUGCACUUUUAAGACCACUUUUGAUUUCUGCAGGAGAAUGUUCAGCACAGAGUUUCCCAAACUUGGGUCUCCAGUUGUUUUUUGACUACAAUUCCCAUCAUCCCUGACCACUAGCCACCUGCUAGCUAGGAAUGAUGGGAGUUGUAGUCCCAAAACAGCUGGAGACCCAAGUUUUAGGAAACCCUGGUUUAGCAUAUGCUUUAAGUCAAAUCAAUUUGACUUAAAGGUGCUCAACUUUUGCAGGAUCCUGCCCUGAUUUCCCCCUUUUCCUUAGACUGGAGGACAAACCACAAGGUUAAUGUUUUUGUAUGCAACAUUUUGCUCCUUUUCCUCAGUCUCUAUGUUGGAUAGUUAAGCAUAUCUGACCUCCAGAAUAUAUGCAAGUACAGCACUUUAAUUCUUCUUGGUCUUGUCAUUUUAACAAGGACUGCAGAACUGUGUGGUUAAUUGUUCUUUUAAAAGAAUCUCUAGCAUUUUAGUCAAACUUUUUUUAAAAAAAAAAAUUAUAUACGAGUCAUGCUGGUUUUCUCUUUACAUCUUAGGAACCGGAGACAAUUAGAAUAGUUGGUGGCAGUGAAACUUUCUGUGAUCUGAGAAGUCAACCACGCACAAAUAGGACUCAAUUAUCACACUGCUCUUUUAUCCACUUCAGAUUAUCUCUGGCGGGCACUUUCUACCAAUAAAAUGACAGUGAGCUACAUUUAUUGCUUCACAACAGAAUGACAAACCCUACAAUAGAUCAUGGGUUGACUGCACUUUGACAACUCUGUCAUUAAUCACUCAGUUGUCACUUAGGGCCCAUUCUUAAGUUGCAGGGGUAGCAUUGCUGUUGCUGCCCCGCGACUGGAUCCCAUGCUCUUCCAGUAAGGUUUGGAUGACUAAAACCACAAGGGUGAGCAUCUCUCACCUGCUCCGCUGUUCCUAAGUGGUUCCUAAGUGCAUUUGCCCCUUUGUUUUCUGCCACAGUCCUGCCAUUAUUUAAAUACCCCUUUGUAUACGUCUCUGCCAGAAGUCUCUGCAUGUUAGGUGGUAGUUGUAGAGUGUGACCCUAAACACGUUUGACUUGAAAAGGGUUCCAUUGAUGCUGGUGGCUGCUCAGAGCCAGGGCAGGUGUUGCUGUAACUAGUUUACCUGCAGAAAUAGCUGCUCUGCACAAAUGAGUAGUAGAAUACAGGAGGGCACAAAUGGGAGAUUGUGGCUGCCUUUCUGCGACUAGAAAACCGUUGCAGAUAAGGGGAUAAGAUAAGGGGGUUUUUUCUUUCCAUGUUGCAUGACUCAUGCAAGUCAGCCAUUUUCAUUACCCAUUUAUCUUGUUCCUGUUUUAUCUGUAAGACAGGAAAAUGUGGGGUAUAAAUAAAUAAUUCUCACAUGCAAAGCCCUGAGCAGGCAUGGCCAAACUUGGCCCUCCAGAUGUUUUGGGACUACAAUUCC